AUGUCGCUUAGGGGUAAGUUGCCGCCAAAUAAUCUAACGCCAGUCAUUGUGAAACAUUCGGGCAAGUCGUAUCCGGUCGAGGUCGAUCUGAGCGAGCCGGGGCUCACUUUCAAGCUCCAGAUCUACUCAUUGACCAACGUUCCCCCGGAAAGACAAAAGGUUUUGCUCAAGGGUGGCCAAUUAAAGGACGAUAGCGAUCUUAGCGGGUUCAAUUUGAAAGAGGGCCAGACCAUCAUGGUGCUUGGAACGGCAGACGCUCCUGUGGAGACUCCAAAACAGGAGAUCAAGUUUGUCGAGGACCUGGACCCUAAGGAUCUCAACUUCAAUCCAAAUAACGAGCCAUCAGGACUGGUCAACCUCGGAAACACGUGUUACUUGAACUCUUCGUUGCAAUCGUUGUAUGCUGUGGAUGAGAUCCGCGACAGACUCGCGAAAUACUCGAAAAACGGCACGGGUCCCGAACAGAACCUGGUGUUCAAUCUUAAGGAGCUGUUUGAAAAAAUGCAGCAGCGCAAACAGAGAAUCACGCCGCUCAAUUUCCUCACUACGAUGCGGCUGAACUUCCCUCAGUUCAGCGAGCGGGACGACCACGGGUUCUACAAGCAGCAGGACGCCGAAGAGGCAUACUCGCAGAUCCUGAGUGCUGUGCAACGGCAAUUGAGUGGAUUGGAGCAGUUUUUCAAAAUCGAGUUCAAAACAACAACCCGGUGCUUGGAGACCUCGGAGGACCCUGUUUACGGGUACGAGGAGGCUCUGAAGCUGGAUUGUCACAUCAGCAUCAACACCAACUUUCUGAAAGACGGGCUGCUUAGCAACCUGAAGGAAACCAUAGAGAAGAACAACGAGUCGUUGGGCCGCAACAGCGAGUACGAGAUCAGUCGUAAGAUCACGCGGCUGCCAAAGUACCUGACUGUGCAUUUCGUUCGGUUUUUCUGGAAAAGAGACACGGGCAAGAAGUCCAAGAUUCUGCGUAAAGUGCAGUUCCCGUUCCAGCUUGACCUGAUCGACCUUGUUGACGAGGGCUCGAAGGAGGACAAGGCCAAGGUCAGAGACGCCAUUUACAAGGUGGAAAAACAGAACGAGGAGGAGAGCCGGGCUUUCAAGAAGAGCAAGCUUUCUGCGGAUCUGAGCACCAGAGAACAGUACAACCAGCAGCAGCAGGAGCUGGACAAGUUGAAGGAGAAAUGGGCCACCAAUUUCAAAGGUGCGUUGCCUGAGUCGUACGACGCGUCAUCGGGAGAAAACCCGUCCUCGUUGUACGAGCUGGUGAGUGUUAUUGCUCACCAGGGCUCGUCUGCAGACUCGGGCCAUUACCAGUGUUUCGUCAAGGACCCACAAGACCUGACUGGCGACAAGUGGUUCAAGUUCAAUGACGACAAGGUGAGUGUUAUUGGAAGAGACAAGAUCGAAGCGCUUGCCGGGGGCGGCGAAGGAGACUCUGCUCUGAUCCUAAUAGGUUUGUCCUUGUUGGCUUUGAUGCAAUUAGCGACGGCCGUUUCUGCCUGGACGAGUGACGCGGAUUUGACCGGUUUGGCGUCGUUGAGCUUUUUCAGGCCGUCGGCCGCCUUUGUCAGCUGCUCGUUCACGGACGCGACGCUAGCACCGUCGUCCUUGGCUGGCAAAAGAAGCGACGAGAGCUUUGCGUCGAGUUUGGCGAGCUUGUUGUUUUCCAGCGACUUGAGCUUCUUGUUGACCUCUUUUUCAACAACCUGGGCCGAAACUUGCUGUCUAGAGAAGUUUGUCUCGACAGAACUGUCCAGAGACGAGAUGAGACUGGAGCUGAACUCGACGGGGGUCUGCGGCUCCAUCAGUUUUCUGACAGAAAAGUCCAGGUUGUCGUUCGAGUUGUCGUUCACGUCCACGUACACCACGCCGUGCACGUUGAACGACACGUCUUUAGUCUUGAUCGACGACCCUUCGUUCGAGAAACAGUACUCGAACUUGCCCGCCUCCUGGGCCUUGAUCUGCACCUCGCCGUGCGAAACGUCGCUCAUCUUCUCCAUGAUUCUGCCGGACGGCGCCUUGAUCCAGAAAUCGGCUGUGAGUUGUUCCGUGGAGUCUCUGUCGCGGUCGGUGAUUUGGAACGUCACUGCGAGCUCGUCCUGGGCCUUGAGCACCUCGAAGAAGCACUGCUUGCCUCUGGCAGGUAGCAGGGCCACAUGCGCGAGCGCAGGCACGAUCAGCAGCAGGGAUAUCAGGAAGUGUCUCAUGGCAAAACGUAAAAAUAAACAAGAUUUUGGUGGGUUUUUUUCAGCGACCUUUGCGUGCAGCGACGGACACCACCACAGCAGACGGGUCGAGAAAAAUGCGCAAUAA